UUGCAGGAAUGGCUCCCAAUGCUUCCAACCUUGCUGUGAGUGUCUAUUGUGAGACACAGGAAUUAAUGACAUUCGAGGCCAACAGACAUGACAGAGUACGGAAAAUCAAUGAACACGUGCGAUCUAAGAUCAAGAUUCCUGUGCAGGAACAGGUCCUUCUGCUGGGCUCCAAGACUCUAGAUCCACAGAGAAAGCUAUCAUCCUACGGCAUUGACAAGGAGAAGACCAUCCACCUCACUCUGAAGGUGGUGAAGCCCAGUGAUGAGGAGCUGCCCUUGUUUCUAGUGGAGUUAGGAGACCAGGGGCAGAAGCAUCUCCUGCAAGUGCGAAGAUCUAACUCAGUGGUCCAGGUGAAAGAAAUGAUCAAGAUCCUGACUGGUGCAGCCCCUAAAAUCCAGAAUGUGACUUGCAAUGGAAAAAAACUGGAGGAUGGGAAGAUCAUGGCAGAUUACAAUAUUAGAAAAGGCACUUUACUCUUGAUGACAGAUUACUAUAUUGGGGGGUGA